AUGUCCCGCAAACGUCGAGCCCCAGCAGUGCCGCGCCUUGUGCGCCACCAUAUAACGCCUAUGGAGCAACUCAUUGGAGCUCCACCUGAUGCUCCUUUACCCACCGUCGUCCAUCGGCUUACCAACGACAAUCGUCGACUGUGGUCUCAAACCGUACUAGUGGAGCCCACUUCACCAGUCAAACGUGCACGAAUACAACACCUAGAACGGGUACGAGCACCGGCGCUGUCGACAACCAAUGACCCUGAGAGAUACGAAAUGAAUUUGGGGGUCUGCGAAGAUGAUGAUUCCGACACUGAGAUGUCAAAACCUCGUUUCACCCAGCCUGCAGAUAAGGCAAUGCACCAAUGGACACAGCAAAGCCGCGACAUAUAUCUUCAAGCCAUGCUGUGGCGCGAGGGACGAGGAAACGAAGGCACUCUCUGCCACCAAUGCCAGGAUGCCACGCGGGAGGCUUUGUAUCGCUGUCGCGCUUGCUAUGGCGGCGCUAUCUUGUGCCAGCAGUGCUGUGUGGCUACACACCAAGCGAAUCCUCUCCACGACAUCGAGAGCUGGACUGGCGUCUAUUUUGUCAAAACGAGCCUUCGUGACCUCGGCCUGCGCAUCCAAUUUGGUCAUCGCCUCGGAGAACGGUGCCGCUCACCACGCCUUGGUCGAGCAGACUUCGUUGUUAUUGCUGGCAAUGGCAUCCAUGAAGUCUCAGUCGACUUCUGCGGCUGCGAGGCGACUAGUGACCCCAACUACUUGCAGCUUUUAAAAGCUGGCUGGUAUCCCUCCACCACCGAUGCUCCACGAACUUGCGCCACAUUUUCCUGUCUCGACACGUUUCAUUACCUUUCUCUGCAUGGCAAGACGACAGCCUAUGACUAUUAUUCGGCGUUAGAGUCUCUGACGGACGGCACAGGCAUCAAGCCUCCGAAUCGAUAUUCUAUCUUCAUGAGAAUUUCUCGACAAUAUCGACAUUUGUUGUUGCUGAAACGGAUGGGCCGAGGCCACGAUAAAUAUGGUGUUUUGGGAACGGGACCUGGGGAGCUUGCCAUUCGUUGCCCUGCCUGUCCUCGACCUGGCGUCAAUUUGCCCGAAGGAUGGGAAAAUGCAUCUCCUGAAGAUCGGUGCUUAUACAUCAUGUUCAUCGCCAUGGACGCAUGUUUUUCGGCUGAAGCGCAGGUCCAUCUCCAACGAGUUGCGGGACCCGGGACUGGGGACGGGUUGGGCGUAUAUGCUCGAGACAGAUCAACAAGAGGUAAUCUCUCAAUCGGCAUGAAGAAGCUCUACUUAUGUGACUUCGAAGAUGAGUACCUGCAUGUUACUGGGGUUGGCAUGGGUGUAUGCGCGCGCCAUGAAUUCGUGCUGCCAAACGGAGUUGGUGACUUACAAGCUGGCGAACGCUACGUCAAUAUGGACUACAUUUUUGGAUCCUUCAUUCGCCAUAUCGACCCUCGACUUUUCAAGAUCAUCUCCUACGACAUCGUAUGCCAAUGGAUCAAGACGCUGAUUGAACCACUCGAGUUUCGGGGCCUGGAGCUCGAUGGGACCAACUUGAUGACCACUGGUCUUUCUGGAAUUGGAGAAAACUGCUGGGUCUCGCCGCCAUUCUACGACGUCGAUCUGACAGAGCCAAGGCUGAACUUCGAAAAACAGGAGCAAAACUUCGAGCUUUUGACUGUAGGCCAUAUUGAUCGUGUUCCGGACUGGAAGCGUCAAGUCGAGGAGUUCGAGGCGGAUAACGAAAAGCCUAACCCUUACCAGUCCUCUAAUGAAGGACUGACCGAAACCGCCGUUCGCAAGAUGUACGAGGAGGAAGAAGCUGCACAGGAGCAGGCGGGGAUUAUGCCUAUCCAUGAUGUAUCUCCAACGGAAUUCAUCUCCGCAUUGCUUGAUGCAGAGGCCGACCAACGCCGCAUUCGGGGUUUAGCCGAUCUUAAGAGAACAAGAGGCUCUAUUGGUGGGCUCAGCCUGCGACAACAACGUAGGAAACUCAACCGAGCGAUUAAGCGUCUGCGUACCCUUCAGGCAACUUAUACACCUGCCGCCUUGCGCAAAUUCGAAUCCCUGAAUAUCUCUCAGGAUACUCUUGCUGAGCGUGUGCCCCUACUCCCUCCCUCAUCAUUGUCCAGCACGGAAUGCGAGAAUGGAGGAUGUCGUGAUGGCUUGCUGCAGAUUGAGCAAAGCUUUCGGGAGGCUCAGUGUCGCUCCUCGUUGACCGCGCUCCAACUCCAAUUGCACGUCAAGGCGCGUUUGCUCACUUACAAGAAGAACAACGCUCGUGCUCAGGCGAUGAAUACACGGUCGCGCACUUUGGUCGACCAGAACGAAAGGAAAAUCCUGCUCCAUUCCGAAAAGUAUCAAACGGCUUGGAGAGCUCUUGUCGCGAUAGCUGGCGGAGAAGACAAGAUUAUCUGGCGUCAAUUGCACAAGAGCGACAUUCGUUGUAUGGAGGAGCCGGAGGAAGUACAAGAGCAACGUCGAAAGGAUCAGAGGGCGGAACUAGAGGAGCGCAUCCGGGCGGAGGAGAUGCGACGAGCUGGCCUUCCAGAUCUCCCAGUCAGUAGCCUUCCGAUGGAAGACAGCGACCAGGAAGACGGGGAAGACGAGAUUCCAGUGUCGCGAAGCGAUCGGCUUGAUGCUGCAAGGGAGCGCAAUGCCCUUUUCAAGCACGGAGAGAGUAGGCGUAGUGUCUCGUGGAUCUGGAGUAAUGUUGUGGAAACCGCCAACGGCGUUGAAGAAGGUCACGUUGCGAAUCGAAUGGGCAAAAUCUUACGCGCGCGCACCCGGAGAUGGCGGGAGGAGGUGCGGAUUCUGGAGGCAGAGUGGCUCAGGCUCCCUCUAUCGUUUGGUGCUGAGGAGGCGCUAUGGGCUCAGCGCGGUGCGGGAGUCGACAUUUCGAACUGCGGGGUCCAGCUGGCCGAAGGAAUGAUUGCAUACGCUGCGAAACACGCAGACAUGUAUCGCAAUCUCUCUCGUCGGGCAGAGGUUGUCCGAACAAAGCCCAUACUCGAGCGAGGGCACCGGGGCGAGCGCGAGAUCAACGAGGUGUAUACCAUGGUGCAGGAGGAUGACGCGGCUGCUCGCGCUGAUGGUGUCAUUGACACAGACGACGAGGAUGAGCAUGGUAAUGAGAGUGAUGAGGAGGAUGAUUGA